AUGGAUCAAUUUCGAAUUCCACCUGGUCACUUCCACCUUGCCACGCAGUCACCUCAAGAGACGUUUAGGGAAGUGCUGAACCUCCUCGUAACGAACGGCAUCCACAUCAAUCGUAACACUGCAGUUGAAGUGUACGAAGUCAUCAUGGCCAGCUAUCAGGCAGUCACGAUUACUUUCAACGCACCCCCUGCCCAUGCUCAGCCACCUCCGGUGGUUGAUAUCCAGAACACGAUGAGUUCCACCUCAUUUAGCACUGUGCCAACCACAGCGAAGAAGACCUAUGAGUAUCCUGGAUUGCCAAAGUAUGGCGCUCCGCGUGACUGCAACACGUCAUUCUACUGGUCUCAUGAGGAUCCUACCUUCGCCGUGAUGCUGCCAGAUGUUGAUCUCACCGUGUACCCAAACUCUUCGAUGUCCAUGAAGGAUGCUGGGGAGAAGGCCGCUGAGGUGUGUGCCACUAAUAUCUGCGCUAUCAAGAUGGCAGAGACUGACAUUCUCAAGCAGGAUAUUGGUCACCUUGCUCCAGUUCCAGCUUCAGAGGCGAACACGUCUCCAACCGUCGAGGCGGACAACUCUGACGCCGAGUCUCAUGUCUCUGGAGACACUGAGACCUCCGUCCUGUCUAUCCCAACCACCGAGAUCACCGGUCACGCCCUAGACGGCACUCAGGCUACCUCUACUCAGGAGACGUCAACCCAGGACGAUGUCAUCUUCUCGCAGUCUCAUGAGUCGUUGCCCUCAACCCAGGACACUGUCUACACGGUCGACUCUGCUCAGUCCUCCCAGCCUGCGAACGGUUCUCGCCCUGCCGAUGCUGCCACUCGGACGAAGAAGACCCCCGUCUCCGCUGCCCACACUCGUCGGUCUUCGCCCCUCGCCCAGUCUGAGCCAAUGGUUCCUGAGGAUGUCACCUUGGGCAAGCGCUCUCGUGACGACGACACCUCCGAGCCUAAGCCCGCCAACAAGAAGUCCAAAGGUGACUUGUAG